AUGGCCGCGCUGGCCUGGCUGCUGUCCCCGCUCCUGCUCCUCUGCGCGCAGCGGCACCGCGGCACCAGAGCAAUGAAUGACAUCGGGGACUACGUGGGCUCCAACCUGGAGAUAUCCUGGCUCCCCAACCUGGAUGGCUUGAUGGAGGGCUACGCCCGCAACUUCCGACCUGGCAUUGGAGGCGCUCCCGUGAAUGUGGCACUCGCCAUUGAGGUGGCCAGCAUCGACCACAUCUCGGAGGUGAACAUGGAGUACACCAUGACCGUGUUUCUGCACCAGAGCUGGAGGGACAGCAGGCUCUCCUACAACCACACCAAUGAGACUCUGGGUCUGGACAGCCGCUUCGUGGACAAGCUUUGGCUCCCCGACACCUUCAUCGUGAACGCCAAGUCGGCCUGGUUCCACGAUGUGACCGUGGACAACAAGCUCAUCCGGCUGCAGCCCGAUGGCGUGAUCCUGUACAGCAUCCGAAUCACCUCCACGGUGGCCUGUGACAUGGACCUGGCCAAGUACCCCAUGGACGAGCAGGAGUGCAUGCUGGACCUGGAGAGUUACGGCUACUCUUCCGAGGACAUUGUCUACUACUGGUCGGAAAACCAGGAGCAGAUCCACGGGCUAGACAGGCUACAGCUGGCACAGUUCACAAUCACCAGCUACCGCUUCACCACGGAGCUAACUAACUUCAAAUCGGCCGGCCAGUGCCCCCGGCUCAGCCUGCACUUCCACCUUCGGAGGAACCGGGGGGUCCACAUCAUCCAGUCCUACAUGCCGUCCGUCCUCCUGGUCGCCAUGUCCUGGGUCUCCUUCUGGAUCAGUCAGGCCGCGGUGCCUGCCAGGGUGUCUCUAGGCAUCACCACAGUGCUGACAAUGACCACGCUCAUGGUCAGCGCCCGCUCCUCCCUGCCACGGGCAUCGGCCAUCAAGGCGCUGGACGUGUACUUCUGGAUCUGCUAUGUCUUCGUGUUCGCGGCCCUGGUGGAAUACGCCUUCGCCCACUUCAACGCGGAUUACAGGAGGAAGCAGAAGGCCAAGGUCAAGGUUGCGAAGCCGAGGGCAGAGAUGGACGUGAAGAACGCUAUCGUCCUCUUCUCCCUCUCGGCCGCCGGCGUCACCCAGGAGCUGGCUGUCUCCCGCCGGCAGUGCCGUGUCCCCGGGAACCUCAUGGGCUCCUACAGGUCGGUGGAGGUGGAGACCGGGGAGACGAAGGAGCGGGGGCCCCAUUCGGGGGGCCAGGGGGGCAUCCGCGCUCGAUUCAAGCCCAUCGACGCGGACACCAUCGACAUCUACGCCCGCGCCGUGUUCCCUGCGGCGUUCGCGGCUGUCAAUGUCAUCUACUGGGCAGCGUACACCAUGUGA